AUGAUCGCGGUGACGAGUGACCAUAGUGUACCCGGGAAUUGCAUCGUCGGUAGAUGGUGGCGGCGACGACGGGAACCCGACCACGCGGCUGAACCAUUUUCAGCAACAGGCGACACGGGCCGGGGAGACGCGUCGGGCUGGGCCGAACCAGACGACGAGGGGAAGCCAGGCGGGGACGGCAGCCCAGGGGAUAAGGCUAGCGACCCGGCGACGUCCGACGCAGGCGAGGCGGGUUGGGCCGACCCGGGCGAGACGGGAGAUGCAGCGGAUGACCCAGUCGGGCCCGCGGGCGAGGCCGACGGGCCCGCAGCCGCGCCAGCGGGCAAGGCCGAUGAGGCAGCCGCGGGCAAGGUGAUAGUGCCGACACUGUUGGAGAGCGAAAGGGCGGCGGACGACAUCGCGGCGGCGCGGAGGAGGGCAACGCGCGACGGCGGAGAAGAAACUCGCGGCGGCGGCGGCGCGGAAGGGCGACACGCGGCGGAUGGAUCGGGCGGCGCGUAG